GUUUGUUUACGGUUGAGUAAAAUGAGUUCUUUGCUCUUUGAAAUUAAAUUAAAACGCGAAAACAAAGUUUACUAUGAAAAUGACAUGCUGUUGGGCUGCGUGCAGUUUCAAUGCAGUCAGGAAACGAAACAUGAAGGAAUUAUGUUGUAUCUGGAGGGAAUAGUGAACCUGCAGCUCAGCAGUAAGACUGUGGGCCUAUUCGAUGCCUUCUACAACUCCGUGAAGCCCAUAAAUCUGCUGCAAAACAGCCUGGAGCUGGCUGCUCCCGGAAAGCUCAGCCCCGGUCGCUCCGAGUUCCACUUUGAACUCCCCUUGGUUUGCAAGAAGGAGCCCCGGAUGCUGUAUGAAACAUACCAUGGCGUUUUUAUAAAUAUCAACUACCAGCUCAAUUGCACUGUAAAGAGAAACUUCCUGGGGAAAUCCAUGACCAAACUCCAACAGUUCUGCGUGCAAUAUAAGCCCACGGCUUUGGGCGAAGGUGCACUGAAGUCGGUGCCUUUUAGUUUGAGUCCAGACUCGCUGCAAAAGAAUGCCACGGCGAAGGAGCGACUAUCCAUGCCGAGAUUCCUCAUCACAGGACGCUUGGACCGCAGUGAGUCCUGUGUAACCACCCCAAUCACUGGCAGCAUCACAGUCCAGCACACAGAGGCAGCUAUUAAGUCUAUCGAAAUGCAAUUGGUGCGUGUGGAAACUUGCGGAUGCGAUGAGGGCUACUCCAAAGAUGCCACCGAAAUCCAGACGAUUCAAAUUGCCGAUGGCAAUGUCCUGCCCAAACUGGAGCUACCAAUUUACAUGGUGCUUCCUAGAUUAUUUACCUGCCCCACACUUAUUACCAAAAACUUUAAAAUAGAGUUUGAAUUGAAUGUUGUGGUGGUGUUCAAGGAGGAUUACACGGUUAGUGAGAACUUCAAAAUAGUCUUAAAACGUUCAUCAGGUCCGCUGCCUAGUAAAACUACAACUGCAGGACGCUAAACAAUAUCCUUAUCGAAUAUGAAACCUCGAAAUUUUAAAUCAUAUUUGAAUAUCAAUUUACUAAGUUAAGGAAAAUCUCAAAAAGAAAAUCGGAAUGUUUUUAACGAGUUCAAUGAAGCAACAAAAGCGCAACG